AGCUCAGACUCCGUUAUCAAUCAAUGUGUUUUGCGAAUCCGACCGAGGUGGACGUUUUCAGUUAGUUACGCUUACGACACAAGUUAAAGGACACGCGUUGUGAUAUUCGGUUUUAGACUUCAGGACGUGGUUGAUCCACGAUAUACAGGAAGCAUGGCGUUCCAGAAGCCGAAGAUAAUCUGGAUACUGUUGACGGUGAUCGCCAUCGAGCAGACGUGUGGUAUCUACGAUCCGCGAACCAGCUCUGGACCAAAUGUGAACAUGAUGCCCCAAGUUCACAGCGACUACAGCAAAGUCCACACGCACAAGUCACGAGCGUAUGAGCCGAAUUAUGCUCGAAGUGACCAUAACCUACACUAUCACUCAUCUCCUUCCAAUCAUAAGUCAGUUUAUGCAUCAUUGCCAACAACAACUGCCACGACGGAGCAACCCUUCCAGAAACAAACGUCGGCAAAGUUACACUCAUCAUACCCCGGCUAUGGCAACGAGAACGCCAUCCUUGAUGCAAGUAGUCAGAAGCUGAAAAACACCCAAGCAGCUGAAAAUGCGGACACCUUCACUGGAUUGCAGUGUCCUCCCCUUCAGUCAGGGCAGUUUGUUUAUAUCAUGGAUUGCCGACAAUAUUUGAAUUGUUGGAAAGGUCGUGGCUACAUCCAGAGCUGUGCCCCAGGAACGUUAUUCAAUCCAGAAACGAACCAAUGCGAUCAGCCGUCGAAGGUGAAUUGCAUUACAUCCAAUACGAUGGAGGGCUACCAAAUCCUAGUCAGAGAAAGGAAACCAAAGAAUGCCCAGUUGGCAGCCUAUACCCAAGAAGAUUACAACACUAAUUAUAUUCAGCAGACAGGCUUCAUAGAAGUUCGGUGUCCACCGGAUGUCAUAGGUCUGAAAGCACACCCCACCGACUGUAGAAAAUUCUUGAACUGCAACAAUGGAGCUACUGUGAUUCAGGACUGUGGACCAGGAACGGCGUUCAAUCCAGCAAUAUCAGUUUGUGACCACAUUUACAAGGUUGAUUGUAAUAGAAAUGAAAACCUAAUCCAUCAACCGUCAACCGAACCAACUAAACAAACCAACCCCGAUGCGGAAGAAAUCGACAUUGAAAACGUUACUUACGAUAUUGAUGUACGCUUCCAAAUAGAAGAUGAACCGGAGGUCAGUUCUGUGCCGAGCAUACCUCUUCAAGCUUCGAGACCAAUCUACCAGCGCCCUGCCUCCAGUGACAUAAGACCAGUUUACGUUGCUCCUCCAAGUACCACUCCAUCUACCACGACCCCAAAGAUGAACCAAGCUAACACAAGGUUCAACCCAACUUACUACCAUUCGAGGGUCACUCCUAAUCCACGAGAAGCAUCAGCUGGAUCUACGGAAUUACCCCUCAGCGAAGCUCUGAAAAUGCUACUCAGGCCAUACAUGGGCAACAAAGAUGUCGAAAUGAACAUGACAGGUCUUAAUUCCAAGAUGAGUCCAACUACAACUCCCACCAGCCGAACAGCAGACCUCAAUGUCCUGGGAAUCAACCAGAGCCCCAAACCAACCAGCAAAACUUCCGCCUAUAUGGCAUCUCCUUACGAAAUUAACUCCCUGCUUGGCGGCUAUCAAUCCGUAGUCUACGGUAUGCCAACUUACAGACCUCCAGUCCCAUUCAAUCCUUCAUCCAACAACCAAAACUUCAAUCGUGAGCACGCUUCGUCACCAUUAGUUCCUCAGCAGCAUCAGCAGCAACAACAACCGAAGCAAUUCUAUCCUGUCUUCCGCCCCCGCAUCACUACAACCCCGUCUCCAGUUAGAGUCAGAUUUGGAGAGGGAUCUCCUCAGUGGCGCCCAAUGGCUACAAUCACGACUACUCCGCAACCCACAACGACCGCUGAUCCUUGUGCAGGAAAAUUCCUUUGCGGUAACGGUAGGUGCAUCGAUCAGGCCAAGGUCUGCAACGGAAAGAACGACUGCGCAAAUCGUGCCGACGAACUCAACUGUACCCACCUGGGCUACGAAGUUCGAUUGUCGAACAAACAUCACGGACGCGUCGAGGUAAAGAUCAUGGAUAAGUGGGGUUACGUGUGCGAUGACAACUUCAGCAUGGUCGCCGCCAAUGUUCUAUGUCGGGAAUUGGGCUUCGAAACCGGUGCCCUAGAGCUGAAGCCUCACUCGUUUUACCCGCCAAAUGUAGCGCUGAUGAGGGAUGGCCAUCCGGUGUUCAUCAUGGACGAGGUUAGGUGCACGGGGAAUGAGUCUUCGUUGCGGGAGUGUGACUUUGCCGGCUGGGGCGUUCACGACUGCAACAACGAGGAAGUUCUGGGCGUGGUCUGCAAAACACCGAAGAUGACCUGUCCGCUCGACUAUUGGCUGUGCGACACUUCAGCAGAAUGCGUACCCGUGGGAUUCCUGUGUGAUAACGUCAACGACUGCGCAGAUGGAUCGGACGAAAGCAUUGCACAUUGUAAUGCUCCGCUGGAAAUGAGACUGAUGGACGGCCCUACGAAGAACGAAGGCCGCGUCGAGGUGAAAUACCGCGGAAUCUGGGGUACCAUCUGCGAUGAUGACUUCGGCGUCCAGGAAGCACGCGUAGUCUGUCGACAGCUAGGAUUCAACGGCACGGCAGAAGUUCGGAAAAACAAAUACAAACAAGGCACCGGUCAGAUUUGGUUGGAUCAGGUUGCCUGCAGCGGUAACGAGUCUUCGAUCGACGAUUGCCUCCACUGGCACUGGGGAGAGCACAACUGCGGACAUGGUGAAGAUGUGGGUGUAAAAUGUGGAUUGUCGCAAACACCAAAACCAACAUCGGCGCAGCUUCGUAUGUCCGCCAAAUCGUUCAAGUUUGAUUUCGUUGAGAAGUCCAGCAAAAUUUAUCCGGAUAACUGCGGGCAGUUGCAGAUUGACCCAGGUCUGGUUAAGCCCACGUACGGUUCCCGAGUGGUUCACGGUGCUGAAACUUUGUAUGGUCAUCAUCCGUGGCAGGCGGCUUUGAGGGCGAAGAAGCAAGGGAAAUCCGUACACUGGUGCGGAGCGGUUUUGAUCUCCAAGUACCACAUUUUGACGGCAGCUCAUUGCUUGAUUGGCUACCCUAAGGGAGCAUAUAUGAUCAGAAUCGGUGAUUACAAUACGGAAGCCCUUGAACAGGCCGAAAUCGAUAUUUUCAUCGAAGAUUAUUACAUCCACGAGGAAUUCCGCGUUGGACAUCACAUGAACAACGAUAUUGCCGUGGUACUAUUAAAAACACCGAUCCGGUUUAGUGAAUAUGUUCAACCGGUUUGCCUACCAACAAAGAGUCAACCAUAUCAGGAAGGAAUGAACUGCACCAUCUCUGGAUGGGGUUCAACGCAGUCUGGUUCGUCUGUGCAUUCUCUGGAAUUGCGGGCGGCCAAGGUUCCUAUACUUUCGGAUGAAACAUGCAACCAGCCGGAAGUGUACGGAAACAACAUCACAGAUGGAAUGUUCUGCGCCGGUACGCUGAAUGGCGGUGUAGACGCUUGCGAAGGAGACUCCGGAGGACCGUUGGUGUGCCCCAGUAAUCGCGGUCACACACUGUACGGAAUCAUCUCUUGGGGGCUUCAUUGCGGUUACGCGAACAAACCUGGAGUCUACGUAAAGGUGGCCCACUAUCUGGACUGGAUUGAGCAGAAGCUGAAGCAAUCGCUACACAUGUACGGAGUGUAGUUACCAUUCGUUGCCUUUAUCUUAACGCCUUAACCAAAGUGAAAUACUCAGACUUAGGGAGUACUCAAUAUAGAUUUAAAACGAAAACCCACAAGUUGUUACCUUUUUACAAGUGAAUAAAAAUAACUUUUUUUUACUAUUUUACACAAUUCAAUA